AUGGAUAGCAGCAAAAAAGUCAAAAGUAAACAACUUCCUUUAGAAAGGCCAAAAAAAAGAAAAAAAAAUUCUCAAGAGUUUCAGGAACCGCAAGAAAUUAUGUCGGGAAAUCAAGGUCAAGUAAUAGAAGAAGGAAAACAGGAACAUGUUAAAAGCCUUCUACUUGAAAAAAUAAAAAGCAAAAAUGUAGAGGCAGUCAAAUCUUUACUAGAAAAUAAUAAAGAAGUGGUAGCGGAGAUUAUUAAUCAAAAAGUGGAAGGAAGGAUCACUUUUCUUCUUCUGACUGUUGGUUUUAAUGAUAUAGAGACUGCCAAAUUACUUCUUGAAGAUGGUGCUGAGCCUGAAUUAGUGGAUAAGUCAGGGAAAAACUGUUUUCAUUAUGCUGCUAAACGAGGUAAUUUAGAAAUGCUUAAAUUGUUGGCAAGUUACACUAAAAAAAGUCUAGUAGAGGUCAUAAACGCUCACGACGAUUUUGGAUUAUCAGUUCUGCACGAUGCUGCUACAGGAAUAGUAGAUAGUAAUAUUGUUAAGGAAUUUGAAAGAAAGCGAAAAGAGUUAGAAGAGAUGAAAAAUAAUGAGAAAAUUUUUUUUCAGGAAAUAAUUGAAGGCAAAAAAGAAACGAUUGAUAAGUUAAAUGAGAGUACUAAGAAGAAGCUGAAGGAUUUUUUAGAGUUAAAAAAACAACUAAAAUUGGCUAAAGAGAGUUUAAUUAAGGAAAUAGGAGUAGAAAAAAUAGUAGAGGAAGCAGAGACAAAAGGAGGAAUGACGGUAGAGAAAAAGAUAGGAUUUUUACUUGAAGAACUAAUAAGAAAAGAAAAUUAUGAGUGGGCAAGCAUUCCCCCACAAAGGAUUGUUGUUAAAAAGAAAGAGGAUUAUAGGUAUAAUUAUGAAGAAAUCCUUGAUGCUUUGGCUAGAUUAUUUACAUUAGAUGAAGUCUGCACUGCUGUUUAUAUGAGUAAAAACGGAAGUCAACUCUUCAUUGCUAGUAAUGAAAAAAAAACAGUUCAUGCUCAUAGAUGCAUGCAAUGUUUAAGCAAUUAUUCUAAGAAUCCAACAGACAAAAAUUAUUUUGCUUUGUUAGAAAAUACUUUGAAAAAUAUUUGUAAGUUGAUUGUUCAACAUGAAGACGAGCAGACUCUCUAUUUCAAUCGCACUCUGCCAAGUGACUGA